AUGUCUGCAGGACCGGGUCUGUCCCGACAGAGAUCUAUCUCGGGCAGAUCGAAGGGAGUGAUACUUCCACCUGUCCCCCAGGCGAGGCUGUCUGGGGAAGACGCCGCCUUCGAACCUUGCGCAUCGACAGCCUCCCUUCUCCUCUUUGCCUACGGUUCGACGGUGAUAUGCCUGCACCAUGAUACUUUGGCUAUUGAGCGUCGGUUUGAAAAGCACUCAAAGGAUAUUCAAUUGAUAUCUGCCGAUAAUGUCAGCGAAACCGGAGCUGGAAGGCUGGUCAUCACCUACGAUGUGGGACGGACGGCCAUCGUUUGGGACUUGUUCACUGGCGAGCAGCUCUCCCGGUUUGUCUCGUAUGAAGCUUUGACAGUUGCGCAUUGGAUGAGAAACGGGAAUGUCGCCUUUGGCAAUGCCAAGGGCGAAGUGAUAUUGUUCGAGCCUGCAACGAGCGAACAUAUCUCGGCACGGACGAUAUUCGAUCCCAUCACGGCGAUAGCGCCGUCCUCGGACUGCAAAACUUAUGCCAUCGGAUACAAGAACGGCUCCAUACUGUUGGCGGCAUUACAGCCCUCAUUCACAAUUCUACACACUCUGACAACAUCCCGCGCACCCUCACCAAUCGUUUCUCUGACCUGGCACGCUUCAUCCUCGAAGCAGAAGUCGGACAUGCUCGCCACCCAAACGGCUGAUGGAGACCUGAGAGUCUGGAGCGUAUCCAAGCCACCCACGUCCGAGGCCCCCAGAGUUAUUCGCGUCUUAAAGCGUAUUGACACCUAUCUUCCGGGUCGAAACUGGAUUUCGUGGUCCAAAAAUGGGCGGAUCGUUCAAUUUAGCGAAGGCAAAACAUGGGCCUGGGACGUUCGAACCAAGCAUGUCACCUACGAACCUAUCCCGACGGUGGACGGAGUCAGAGCCAUUGCUUGUCACGGACCGACGGGCACCCUUUUUACGUUGGGACCAGACUAUACGGUACAACAAUACGAUGUUGAGAGGGCCAUUUUGGUUGCUAAUGUGCGGCAUUUGCCACUAACUGUCCCGCCGACCCCCCCAGAGGACAGAAGAGGGCCAAUAUGGACGACAUCUGAAAGCGAAGAAGAGCUGGCAUCACCUCUUGUCCGCGCCCGACGGGAACUACGUGCUUCAGAGGGAGCGAAGCAGGAACGGAACAAUAUUCCUAGCCCUCAAUCGACUCUCAGUUCGCAGAAUGGCGGCUUGAAGAAUGGAGCCAACGACAUCAUCUCCCCUGCUGGAAGAACGGAUUAUACAACUACAUCGUUCGAUACUGGCAUUCAGUCACAAUCAACAAUGAACCAACAGCCCAUGCAGCUCAUGGGCCAGCCUUACCAGCCUCAGUCCCCUGUCAAUGCAAGGGCGGCCAGGAAAGGUUCUCGUCUGAGGCAAGAAGUAAUCAUGAGUCCUGAAGAACAACCGGUCGCCGAACUCUUCCCUUACACUAGGGCUCGGUUGCACGAUGUCCCGUACCGACCCCCUCGAUCGCUCGAUGAAAGCCACAUGACUCCAGACGAUUUGCGGAGGCAGAUGCUGAGUGUCGUGUUUGGUUGGGAAGAAGAUAUCCACGACCUGAUCCGCGACGAGUUGAGCCGCCAUCCCAGCGAUAGCCAGACCGCCAUUUUCCUUGCCAAGUGGCUAGACGAAGAUCCUGACUACUUGGCCGAGAUCAUGGGCUCCACGGGAACCGUCUUCGGCCUGGACUGGAUGCUGCUGGCUUUGGGUACAAUUAGCAACCAGGUGGGGGCGAAGAAAAUCACCCAAGUCUUCAUUGAGAAGCUGCUGGCCAAAGGCGAUAGCCACGCCGCAGCUACCCUCCUGCUCGCACUUGGCGACAGGAGCGAUGCGAUCGAAGUCUAUGUGUCAAGGAAUCAGUACAUGGAGGCAGUCCUGCUGACCUGCCUUGUCGCACCAGACGACUGGCAGCGGCAAUCAUAUCUGGUGCGCCGAUGGGGGGAACACGUUGUCGAGAACUCGCAGCAAUCGCUAGCUAUCCGAUGCUUCUCGUGCACAGGUGUCGAACCUUCGGAUCCUUGGACUUCACCCAAUGCUCAACUAGCCACGAGAUCCGUCCUAGAACCAGUCUCGAGCCCACAAUCGGCCCACUUGCAGCCGUUGGAGCCGGCGGAGUAUCCUGCGAUCUUCCAGAAGACUUUGGAGAGACGACGGACACUCGAUGCCCCGACUCCAGUAGCCAUGCCUCCGCCGCAUAUUCUGUCAGCCAUCCAUCAACCACCCACGCCAUUCAGGACUGCUGCUGCUCAAGGAACAAGGAUUACGCCUCAAACCUCGGCUUUGAAACUCAUCACUUCCUUCGGGCCUCAACCGAGUAACAACUUUAAAUUCCCCGGACUCAAGCCUGAAGACCGAACACCGACUGUCGCUGCUGCUGUAACGCCUAUUGCUGAAUCUGCCAUUGAUAGGUCUGCUAUUUCACCUGGUGGCCUGGGUUCCUACCGCUUAAACAACAUCCGAAGCAUCAACAGCGCCCUCUCGGCCAAGACAGCAACGCCUGGCGGCUUCCAGCCAAGUCGACUGGCGGUCAUUGGGGAAACGCCUGUCGACGUCGAGACACCCCAGUAUUCAGGUGCUUUGCCGCAGAGAUCUAUAUCUGUACCCGCCGAGUUGACGUCUUCCAAGACGGCUGAGGGCGAGGAACAAGCUCCGGUCGUGAACGACGCACGAGCGAAGCAGGCCUUGACAUUGCUGACAUCCGCACGGUAUGAGCCAGUAGCCACCCCGGUGAAGGAAACACCCCAAACAGCUGUUGGACCACAGACCGUCAUCAAGUUUCCGGGGCCCGGUCCCCAGUACGAUGCCGGGCUAGAUCAUGAUGAGCGGCAUUUGGAUCCUCUGCGGACAAGAACUGGGUCGAAGAGUCGAAAGCCUGAUGGGCUUUCAAUCCAAACUGCUCACGUUUCGAACCAAGAAUUUCUGCCCUCUGCCAGCUACGGUGAUCCAAUUAGCAGACCUGCCACCACGGGAUCAUAUUCAAACACACAACUCGAUACCUCUGGAGACCUAACAAGUCCGCCGACUGGUGACAGUUUUCGGAGCGUCAAGAGUCCCAUCGUGACCGGUCGAAGCAUCGAUCAGUAUAUCAGUAGCCUUGAACAAGCUCAAUAUUAUACAAAGCAUUCUAGAGCUCGCGGUUACAGCAGCACUAGCAAGCAGUCGAGGGAUGACCAAUCAGAUCGGAAAAAGAGCAGAGCUAACAACAUGGACGACAGUGGUGAGAGAGAACCUCGACGAACCAUCUCUGCAGCUCAACGCUCGCCUUCUUCCCCGGUCCCGAUGUCACCAGAGGAUCUGCGGAUGUACAGCACCAGUGUCGAGAGCUUCGACUCGAUGUACAGUUCUAAUUUCUCUGGGAUUGACCGAUCAGAGACGCCUGGCAGCAUGUCCAAACUUAGUCGGCGUGGGUCUCAAUCAACUGCCAAAGGUGGCAAAUCCCGCAAGCGAUCGCACUCUAGACAUGCCACCACGAAGAGCAAGACGACCAGCCGGGGUGCUAGUCGGCAGCAAAGCCCAGACGCUGCAAUCUUUUCGCCCAGAGGUCGAAGCUCCUCGCGCAAAGAGAAUCUAGGGCACCGUUCUCCGUCAUCACCACGACCAAUGGUUCCUUCCGAAGAGGACCGACAAAGCCGCUUCGACCAAGAUUCGGCUCUGAGACUGGUUUCCAAAGACCGACACCGCCUGCAUCGAAGCACUAGUCGUCAACCACAUCGUGAUACAAGUGCAAGAAGAGACAGAUCACCCGAUCGCCGAAGAGUACGAGCCAGAUCUCGCAGUCGUCAAGCGGAAGAGGCUACGAGCCUGAGUCGGAAAGCAAGCCGUAGUGAUCAUCACCGCCGACAUCGCCGCCCAAGCGACGCACUGUAUGACCGCAGCGCCCACCCUGAUGAUCCUGAAGACGGCAGCACACUCAACAGUAUACUCGCAGCACAGGACAGGGUGCCAAGAUCUGCCAGUCAGCCUCAAUUUGCAUUGGAAGGAGAAAAGGGAGGGUUGCAAGCAGAGCCGCCGCAAGCCUCCAGGGAGCCUCUGACUCGCCGUCCCUCUGUGCCCAACGUACCAUUUUCAAGCGAGCUCGCUGCGCAAAAUAAACCGGCAUCGACAAGCAAUGCAAUACCGCCCCCAUUAACGAGGGCGUACACUUAUGACGGGCCGAUCACCACGUCUUCGUUCCAAGAGAAUGGCCCAGGGAGAGAAUUAUCCGGACUUGGGCUUACGAAAGAAAGGCCAGGAACGCCCAGAGCGAUGCAGGUCGAUGCCACAAUUCCAGAAGGUCAAGAAGUCCCACAAGUUCCUAGCAUGAGCGGUACAGAGCUUCUGAGCAGUGACGUUUAUCGGCCGCCCACCCGCGAAGACAUCAGUAGACCAGGUUCGGCCCGGGCACCUGCUUCGCUAGAAUUCCUAUCUCAGAUACCCAAGCAUCCCGCUUACAACCAACGCAUAGCGGGCAGCAGAUCAAGCAGCAAGGGACCCGAAGCUCGAGCAAAUUCGCGGAGUCGAGGCACAUCUCGCGACCGCACUGCGCGUGUGUCUCCGCGCGAAGUGCCCUCAGUAGCGACGUCCACUCCUCCCAUAGGGACUACUGAAACUGCGGUCUCUACAACCUUUACAGCAUCACCGCCACAACACCCGCCUAUUCUUCCAGAGUUGCAACAUCUCGCUGAACCACCUCCGCCCCCACCUCCUCCGCUUCUGCCGAAAGUGCUCCCCCACACUGGAGUCAGUCCUAAUCUCUCCAAUCUACGUGGGUUUGACCACGUGGAUGCGGCAAGCGUGCCUCUGCCCAUGUCCGCCUUCCCUCCGCACACCACAUUCCAGGAUAUGGCGGCGAUUACAAGCAACACAAUGCCUCUGUCUGCCGGCCCCUUAUCUUCAAGCGCAGGUCAUAGGCGAGGACGAUCUGGGAAUGAUAACCAAAGCGGUGGCUCAGGAGGCCAGCUUCUGAACAAACUGAGAAGCUUUACAGGUAGAGCGAGGUCUCCCAGUCGAGGUAGGAGAGGCGGUGAUGAUAAUCAAGCCAUGAGUCCUAGAAUGGUCGGAGUUGGCGAGAAUGUACAGCCGGCACCAUAUGAGAGCAUUCCGAACGCUAUGAUGGGAAGUGUUGGAUCUUGA